GACGGAGGCGCGUAAGCAGCGGCGCGCAUGGAGCGGUAGUUAGUUUAAUGCAUAUACUUCAACACUCGUUUUUUAAAGAGACUGUCGUACUGAUACUGGUGUCCCCCGAUGGAGGAGGUAGACGUUGAGCCAACAGUUACUAAUGUCCCUGCAGUCAGUGAUGGAAAGCACAUGGGAUUUGCUUGGGGUCCUGGUGAUAUUCUUGUCUAUGAGACCCUGUACAAGGCAUCAGGAUCAGGCUCCUCUCUCAUCCAUGAGGUCAGAAAAGAUGAGGACAUAUAUUCCCCCAUUUUACGAAAGCUCUUCAACGAGUCCCACCACAUUUUCGUAGGCCUUCAGACAAUUAGAGAGGACCUCCCCAGCAAGAGCAAAAAACCCCAAUUUGUCAGCAUCAGUAAAAACUACAGGUCUGUGAUUCGAGCCUGUAUGGAGGAGCUACAGCAAGCAGCAGUUUCUACAGGAGAUGAAGACGUGUCUAAGCAGUAUGGAAAUCAGGUGUCCAUUCUCUUGGCCAUUGAACUUAUCUGGAAUCUGUGUGAAGUCCUCUUCAUUGAUGCUGCCCCUGCUGGCUCCCUGUUGCUCCACCUCUUGGACUGGGUAAGAUUGCACAAGGCGGAGGUGGACGAGAAAGCCAGAGAAGUGCUGCAAAGUGAAAGUCCUGCUGAGCAUCGUGGCUACUGGGAUGUGGUGGUGAGCUAUGUACUGCAGGGCAGGCUGGAAGAAGCCAGACAGAUGCUGGUUAAACAAGCCACCCUGCAGCCUGCUCUCAGGAGCAUGUACAAACUGAUGGACACGCUGCUUGCCAAGAUGCCCUUCUACAAUCCUGGAGGCACGCAGACGCUGACGGAGUUUGAUGUGAAGUGGCGGCACUGGCAUGAGGAAGUGGACCGCUGCCUGCAGGACAACUCAUUUGCCAGCAACCAACAUCUGGAGCUCAUCUGUAAGAUCCUGCUGGGGGAUGAAGACUCUCUGUUAGAGUGUAAGAAUCUGCUGAGCACCUGGUACCACUUCCUUGUCACUCGGCUGCUGUUUUCCCACCCGACAGUCAAACCCACUGAAUUGCACUACUACGCGCAGUCGUGCAUGACCAUGUUUCUGGACUCGAGGAGCGUCCCGGAGCCACUGGACAGCAUCUUACUGGCCGCUUUUGAGUUUGAUAUCCAUCAGGUCAUCAAGGACUGCAGCAUUGCUCUCAACAACUGGUGGUUUGUGGCCCACUUGACAGAUCUGCUGGAUCACUGCAAACUCCUCCAGUCUCACAAUCUACAUUUUGGCUCCAACCUGAGAGAGUUUCUGCUGUUAGAAUACGCCUCUGGGCUCUUCACCCAUCACAGUCUUUGGCAGCUGGCUGUGGAUUACUUCGACCACUGCCCAGAGUUUGGUCGCGUCUACUUGGAGCUGCAGAUCGAACGGGUCCCUUUAGAGACGGAGCGCAAAGCUCUCAAAGUGCUCAGGAUUUGUGAGCAGAGGCAAAUGUCAGAGCAAGUGCGAAGCAUCUGUAAGAUCAUGGCCAUGCGAGCUUUGAGGAACAACCGACUGGGCUCUGCUCUCUCCUGGAGCAUCAGGGCCAAAGACGCUGCCUUCGCAACACUCAUUUCAGAGAAGUUCCUGGAGGAUUACAGUGCCAGAGGGGCUUUCUCUGAUCUGGAUCUGAUAGAUAACUUGGGUCCAUCCAUGCUGCUCAGCGACAGGCUCACUUUCCUCGGGAAGUACCGUGAGUUCCACAAGCUGUAUGGAGAGAAGCAUUUCACCGAAGCAGCGAGGCUCCUUCUCUCCCUCAUGACGGCAAAGAUCGCCCCCCGGAGCUUCUGGAUGACCCUGCUGACCGACGCCCUGCCACUGCUGGAGCAGAAAGAGGUGAUCUUCUCAGUGGGUCAGACGUACGAGCUGAUGUUCUGUUUGGAGGAGCUCACCUCCUCGCUGAACGCCGCGGCUCCCGGCUCAGAUCCGGCCAUGCAGGAGGAAGACAUCGAGGUGACCAAAGUGGAGCUGCUGAGACUCGCCCUGGCCAGGAAUCUGGCCAUGGCGAUAGUGAAGGAGGGAACAGUCAACACAUGA